AGUGAAGCAGAGUCACUCAUGGUGUGCCAAUUCGGAAUUUUCCCUCUCUCAUAUCUACUCGUUAGAAUCCACAAAAAUAAAAAAGAAAUCAACAGUCAAGAACCUCAAAAUUAGAAAAGAAAAAUUCACAACAUAGUCUCAGACUCUUAGUAAACAGUUUCAAAAUUGUACAUUAAGCUAUGGCCCGGACUUUGAUAUCUCCAUCUCUAAAGCUUCUUCAGCGUUCAGCAAUGUCUAAUUACAAUUACCCUGUUGUGACUAGCAACAACUACACCAACACUCACUCGCAAUUACUAGGAAGCAAAAGAAGAGUAGAAUUUCAGGUUUGUGCAUCUUCUUCUGACGACAAUAAAAGCAGUUCGGACACACCUGAUUUCAAUCCAUUUGGAUUUGUCACCGAUAACCCUUCUAGUCGGAGCGCUAUUCAAUUACCUGAAAUUCCCGCAGAAGAUGGAAACGUCGGUCAGAUGCUUUAUAGGACAGAAGACAAGGGAAAGGAAUAUGGAUCUUUCAUAAGAUCAGGGAAACUUAAAUGGUUUGUAAGAGAAACAGGAUCUUCGGAUGCCCGACUUGGUACACGCGGUACCAUUGUUUUCCUCCACGGAGCUCCAACUCAAUCUUAUAGCUAUCGAGUGGUUAUGGCACAGAUGGCAGAUGCUGGAUUUCAUUGCUAUGCACCAGAUUGGAUAGGAUUUGGAUUCAGUGACAAGCCCCAACCAGGAUAUGGGUUUAACUAUACAGAAAAGGAGUUCCAUUCUGCAUUAGAUAAAUUACUCGAAACGUUGGGUAUCGAAUCUCCAUUUUUCCUAGUGGUUCAGGGAUUUCUUGUUGGUUCAUAUGGAUUAACAUGGGCCUUGAAAAACUCGGAAAGGGUUUCGAAGCUUACGAUUCUCAACAGUCCAUUGAUAGUUGGAUCAAAAGUACCUGGAUUGUUUAAUCAGCUAAGGAUUCCGUUGCUGGGUGAAUUUACAUGCCAGAACGCUAUUCUGGCGGAGCGUUUCAUCGAAGGAGGUAGCCAAUAUGUGUUGAAGUCAGAAAAGGCCGACGUAUAUCGAUUACCAUAUUUAGCAAGCAGCGGGCCUGGAUUUGCUUUGCUUGAAACUGCAAAAAAGAUCAACUUCAAAGACACGUUAGGCCGUAUAGCGAGCGGGUUUUCGGCAGGAAGUUGGGACGAACCCAUACUACUUGCUUGGGGAAUGUCAGACAAGUACCUGCGUCAACCGGAAGCGGAAGAGUUUCAGAAAGGAAACCCCAGUAAUGUUAAACUUAAGUUGUUAGAAGGUGCAGGGCAUAUGCCACAAGAGGAUUGGCCCGAGAAAGUUGUUGAUGCUUUGAAAUACUUCCUUUAAAUUAGAUGCAUGCAAAUUCCUUAAACCAAUUGCUGAAGUAGGAAUGUACAGAAUGGAAUCGGGUAAAGAGGACGUGUUUUUCUUGAAAUAUUAAUACAGGUUUGUCAGUUUUACACUCUCCCAGAGUAAUACAGUCCAAUGGGCUACUUUUGAGCCAACAUGUUUGUAUCAGGAGGAUGGCCAUAUAAGGUAUAAAAUCUGGAGGUUGGAGAAAUAUUGAAAAAGAGGUUGAAGAAUCGACUACUUGGUAAUAGAGAUCCUUUAGUGUUAGUUAGAUCGGUAUUUUUAGUACUCAAGCUUGCAAAUUUCUUGUAAUGGUAUAACAUUUUUAAGGUGGGUUGGGCUAAAGCUUGUAAAAAACACUAGUACUAUACUACAUUUUUCUCCAUGUAUUAUCA